AGCGAAUCUAUUUGAAAUUCGUGAUUUAAGUACACUCAAAACAUAAUUUUCUUAAACGAAAUUGUUUCUUCAAGUAAUAUCAUGGCUAAACAUUAAAUUAAGGCCAAAUUUUAAACUGUCAUAAUAUUUUGUUGGCAUUUAUUUAUUUGAAUUGUAUUUGCGUUUUGCGGGAACUGAAAGAAGUAUUUGUGUAUUUAAUUUAUUAAUUAUAACAGGGUUUUCAUAUUCUUACGGUCUAUUUUUUUAUUUAGUAGUGAUCAAAGAAAGACCGUUUAUUUGUCUAAAUCAACGAAUAUUAGCCCUUUAAAAUUGAAACAGUCAUGAAGAAAUGAAUAUAGUAAACACAAAGUUUAUACUUAAAAAUAAUGACAAAAAAAAUAUUGUGUUUAUUAAAUAUCUUGCAAAAGCGGGUUUGGAAAUUUAGCCAUGCCUGUGACAUAUAAAGGAGCCAUUCAGAAGAAGACACGGAGACGGCGUAUCAUACCAAAGGUUUUAAGGAAAGAAUUGGAGAAAUGUGAUGUGCCACUAUUUGAAUGUUUGACUAUCAAUCAAAUAAAGAAAUUAAAAAUAGCUGCUGCUCAGAAUCAGUGCAAGGAAUGUGCUGGGAAAAGCUGGAAGAAAGAAAACCAACCACCAAGAGUGAAGUUUAAAGAGACACUUAAUAACUACAAGAAAUCUCCAUUUUUUCACCCAAGCUCAGCCAACUCUACUUUUGAUAAAAUUCUGAAAGGGACACUGCUGCAGCCAUUGCGUGUAGUAAAUGGGGAGCCAACUGCCUCCAGCAUUACAAGCUCUAGUGGUGAUUCCCAAAGGUUUGGCUCUGCCCACCGAUAUUUCACACGUAGACAAGCUUUGGUGAAUCAGAACAGUUGUUCUGGGAGCAGCAACUCGGAAUGGUCCAUGUUGUUCCGAUCACCCAAGAAUGCAUCUCCCGACUGGAUACCCAGCACACCUCUCGCCAGCACCACGAACGCCAAGGGAAAGCUGUCCCUAGCAUGUCGAAACCUUGGUUGCUCUGCUGUACUGUCUAAGAACAAAGUGUUAGAUCAAUUGCCUGCAGUUGCAAGUCAGCCAACCAUUCAGAUCACUAGCACUCCCAUUGUAAACUCGGUUUUUGAAACUGACAUGUUUUUAGUUUCUCCAUUGAGUGUUGGGAAGAAGUAUGAGUUCCUAAAUAGUGAGAUGAAAGAGCAUACAAAUGACAGAGGUAAUACAUACACAUCUCAAGAAGAAAACAAAUUUGUGCCUGAAAUGGAAGAAACACCCACAUCUGGUCAGAGAAUAGAGAAUGUGUGUGGCCCAAGAAUCUACAGCAUGCCUGAAAUAGUCAGCAUGUCCAUUAGCAGAAACUUAAACAUUGCCGAACAUAAUGGAGAAACAUUUGGACAAGAAAACAUCAGUGCCAUCACUGAAAGCUUGGGAACAGCUGAGAGUGUUCCAAAUCCGAAUAAUAACAAGAAUGCUGAACAAAACCAUAUCUGUGAAUGUGCUGAGCAUGUAUCUUGUGAAGAAAUUUUAAACUUGGAGAGUAGUUGUUCCAUGCACAGUGUUUAUUCUGAAGGAGCUGAACCACAAUGUGGGCAACAGAUACCAAAAAAUUCCACAAUCGAGUUAUGUGAUGACGAGAGUUCUCACAUUUUCCAAACCUCUAACUCAGAAGUACUUUUCCUAGGAUUUGCGCAGCAGAUUCAUAAAAGUUUGUCUGAACACCUUCCUAUCAAUGAAUGUCCCAGUUCCAUGCAAUCUAAGAAAUCUGAAGGAACUGUAGAAGAGGAUGGUGAACAAACGUUUAGAAGUUUAUCACCAGGGCUUCACACUAAUUUGACAAGUCGAAGUCCAGUUGUGUAUGAUACUUACAAAGUCAGCGAACCUGAUUAUACUCAUGUCUCGAGGGUGUCUGAGGAAAAAGAAGUUGAAACAAGUGUGAUAGACAUGCCGACAUGCGCUGAUGUGACCGCGGAAUUAUCAUUACUGUUUGAAGGGAGACUCUCAUUGUCACCACUUUUAGGUAAGAACGAUGUGUCCACGUGUGCAGCAUCUCUUUCGGAGCGUUCAACAAGUACUCGGAACUCCUGCGGAAAUAAUUUCUCUGAAGGAACAUCACUACCUUCUGACUUGCAGCGGAUUAGUUGCGUGCCUGUUGGUUACUCUUCUCUAGACACGCAGCAAAUGACAGAUGGCACCAGCACUGCAUUAAGUGGUGGUCGUGCUCUGUCAGCAACCACCACUCUUGCAGAUUCUUGCAAGACAUCAUCUGUGGUCCCUUCAGUAUGCACACUAAGCAUCAGUUCACAAAGCGCUGUGCUGCAAAACAGGCUUAGCACCGAGUGUCACCGAAUGGAAUUUUCAAAAUGGGCAGAAAGUAAUGGUAAGCCACCUGAGCAGUGUACCCCCAAACACAGGCGCAUACGGCCGUCUCAUUACGUUGUCGUACGAGAUGUGGAGCCAGGCCUCGGCGAGCUAUGCAGCUCGGGCUUCCGUAGUGUGUACAGCAGCAGCCAUGAUGAGACUUCAGAGAACUGCGAGAGAUUGUCAAGUAAGUUUAGAGUUUCGAGUGUAUCUUCGGUAGUUUCUGAGCUCAGGCAUCAGAGCUUAGAGCAGGUCACGGCACGAGACUUGGUACUGGCAAAGUGCGGCCAGCAGUCGCCCAUUGCUUUCUCGAAAGCCUUCACCCGAUCGUAUUUAAAUAAGUGCAAGAAAAUAGGCGAAGGUGUGUAUGGUGAAGUGUUCCUGUGUGAGAAUGGUUACAAAGGCAGACAAUCAGUUCUGAAAAUCAUUCCUAUUGAAGGUGACCUAGAAGUUAAUGGCGCCAUGCAGAAGAAAUAUGAGGAGAUCCUGUCGGAGAUUGUCAUUGCUAUGGAAUUGAGUAACUUACGAGAUGGCAUUGAAAAUGCUACAUCUUCAUUUUCUGAAGUGCUACGGUGCCUGUGUGUGCAAGGACACUACCCAAAAAGACUUUUAGACCUGUGGAACCAGUAUGCUGAUGAGAAAACAAGUGAGAACGACAGCCCUACAGUGUUCAACAGCGACCAGCUGUUCAUCAUCCUGGAGCUGGCUCAUGCUGGGAGGGACCUCGAGGCAUAUGUCUUCUCGUCUGCGCACCAGGGGCUGUCAGUGUACCAGCAGGUGACAUGCAGUCUGGCAGUGGCAGAGGUGGAGUUGGAGUUUGAACACAGAGACCUUCAUUGGGGCAACGUUCUGGUGUCUCCAACUGACGACAAGGCUGUUUCCUUCAGGAUACACGGGACAGAAGUUCACGUAGAAACCAAAGGAGUAAAGGCAACCAUAAUAGACUUCACUCUCUCACGGAUGACGUUUGAGGGCUGCCAGAUCUUUAACGAUCUGUCACUAGACCCAGACCUGUUUGUGCCCCUGGAGCAGUGCAGUGACUACCAAUUCCAGAUCUACACCAUGAUGCGGGUUGCUGUCGAAGAUGACUGGAAAAGGUUUGAACCUAAGACAAACAUACAAUGGCUGCACUACCUGGCAGACAAACUGAUAAAGCUGGCCCGCUACGUACGGGCCAGGACUAAAGUGCACUCGGACGCCAAGAGGAAGCUGCAGUACUUGUACGACUGCUGCCUGCUGUACAGCAGUGCGGCCGACUUUAUGGAGACAUGUCUCAACUUGUAGUAUCCAGGAUGCCUACCUGCAUACAAAUAUUGUCGAAAAACUGUCAGUGCAACUUUUGUGUUCAACAAAAAAAUUUUAUCUUGUAUCACAGUGUUAGUUUUAAUCUGUUUUGUAAAUUUAUGUAAAUAUGAAUAAUUUGUUAGAUCAAUUCUUAAGCUGGAUGAUUCUUUCCCUACAGCUUAACCUUUGAAAUAGAAGUACGAUUUUCGUCCGAUUAAAA